AUGGGAAACUCCCUGGGCGUUGACGUUACGGCGUGCACCGUCCGAGUCGUCUCAGUCGCCACAGCCCCCAGUAAACCCAACAGGAGCUCCUCUCCUUCGUCUCCCUCUCCGAGCGCUCCAUCUUCUCUUCCUUCCUCUCUCUCCUCUUCUCUUCCUUCCUCUCUCUCCUCUUCUCUCCCCUCUCCUCUCCCUUCUUCUCUCCCUUUUCUCUCUUCCUCUUUCUCUUCUCUCCCUUCCUCUCGGUUUUCCUCUGCCCACGCCUCUGCUCUCGCUGAUUCCUGCUUGCCUCCGCGGCUGCAGGGGAGCGACAGCCGCGAGGUGCCGUCGCUGGAUCCGGUCCAGUGGAGACAACGGGCGUUCGUUCACAUCCUCGCGGCGACUCUCCCAGGAGUGGAGGUCCGGCGACUCGAGCACUCGCUGCCGUGCUCUCGCUGCGUUGCCCAGAUCUCUGCGGAGACGCCUGAAGAGACGCGCGAAGAGACGCCUGAAGCGCCUCGCGCGAGGGAGAGUGUCCAGGAGCGAGGCCGCAGCUUCGACCGGGAUGCGAAGAGAGGAGCAGAAUCCGCUGACGCGCCGGGCGAGUGCCGGAAUGCGCCGCCAGAGAGCGCGGGGAAGGUGGCGGAGACGGACGGUUUUUUCCGGAACGAGACGGCGAAGAACGCGAACGAGGCCUCGGCGCAGGGGAGACGCUUCCGAGAGAAGAGGCAAGGGGGCGACCCACGAAGGGAGAGGAAGCGUGUGCGACAGGUGCGGCUUCACAUCAGUCCCGAGCUGAAACCGGCUUGUCGCGUUCGGAAGAAACGGCGAGAGGAUCUAACGCGUCGAGCGAUGAACGAAGCUCCAGCGGCGGGUCCUGAGGCGGACAACUUCUACGAGUGCCCGUUAACCCCCAAAGAGAGACGCGGCUUCUACCCGUACCUUCUCGUCAAUCUGAAGGCUGGCAAACCGCCAGCGGCCUCGCCGUGUUGUCCGGCCUCUAGGCCGCCUGUCGCUUUUUCGCGCACCGAAAGCUUCUGCGCGAGUCAACGGAUUGGAGGCUCCACAAUAGGAGGGGCGACCUUCAUGGGUCUGUGCAGACUGAUUCUCCCUGGCGAGCUGUCUCCGAAAAACCUCCUCGAACUGGCUGCAACGGGAGACAACCGCGUGUGCGACAUGCUGGUCCGAGACAUCUACGGAGGCAGCUACGACGCGAUUGGCCUGAAGUCCUCGACAAUUGCUUCCACAUUCGGGAAACUGCAACACAUUCCCGUCAAGUACCUGAAAGGGUACUCACUUGCAGCCUCCGACAGAGAGGCUGAGAAGGCGAAGCCUCGCCGGCGAGAAGAAACCAAGAAGCGAGGUGCGGCAGCGUCUUCGCGGCCUCUGUCUCUCGACGGCGCGUACUCUUCUUGUUCUUACCUCUUCCGCAGGCAGUUGACCUGUCAGGCUUCAGCAAUUAAUUCAUCGCAUGCGGCCACCGAGAUCCCCUCGUCGCCUCGCCAUUGCAGCGUCCGGUCUUCUCGGGACGCAGGCGACGAAGACCGAAGGGAUGUGGAAGGAAACGAGGAAGCACCCGACGAAGGACGGAAGGCGUCUCUUUUCCUUCCCCGGCUGGGCGUGGGGACGCAGGAAUGUUCGCAACUCUCCGGCGGAGCGAGACAGUCUUCGCCUGCGCGGAUGCCUCGGGCAACUCCAACUUCCUGUGAAGGGCGGAGAGAGAGAGAAGACGAGAACAAGAAAGCGCACGACGAGAACAAGGAGGAAGGAGACACUGGCGUGCAAGGGACAGCUGCCGCAGCAGGUGCCGUGAAAGCUGCGGCUGAGUCGCCAGGGAGGAAGAGCGAGAGACGCGGAGAUUGGCAUGCGCCAAACAUUGAGUCGCCAGGGAGGAAGAGCGAGAGACGCGGAGAUUGGCAUGCGCCAAACAUUGAGUCGCCAGGGAGGAAGAGCGAGAGACGCGGAGAUUGGCAUGCGCCAAACAUUGACGGAUCGUGGUGCAAAGGCUGUUGCGGAGGACCGUUUCUUGAACGCGAGAGUGAAGCGGUGGAAGGCUGUUGCCACGCAGACACGGUGUGCAAGUUCGAAGAAGAAUGGUCCGAAGACAUGGAGUGUGAUUGUUGCUGCCUGUCUGACGAGUGCAGCUGCGAAGAGAGAGAGAGGGAUCUGGAAGAUGAGAGCUGGAAUUCGAGUGUCUUAGAGGAAGAGGAAUGGGAACCAGACCGGCUAAGCGAGUUGACAGACGAAGACAGCGUGAUGGCUCGGGACGAAGACGGAGACGCUUCGUUCUUCAGCGCCACGACCGCAAACGCGAGAAAGGGCGAGAGAGAAGACGGAGAGACAGGGCGCGUCGAGAGACUUCCCCAGGGACUCUCCAUAUCCUCCGACGCGGCCGAAGGAGACACGGCGCGGAAAGUUCAGGGGAACAGUGGAGACAAACUGUGCGAAGCCAUUCUCUACAGACGCCCGACUGGGCCGGAUAUUGUCCGGUCGCUCUUGACGCUCAUGAGCUUCAACGUGGCCCAACAGGCCUACUUGCAUGCGACGCUCCACGGCCUGACAAGGAUCGCCCUCGUAGGGUUCCUCCUCGACGUGCCGGCCUUCCUCGCCUCCCUCCAGCACUCUGUGCGCUUCUGGUCGAGAAACAAGGUCAAAGUCUUCUUCUGCAGUUUGUCGCCUUUCCUGGGUGCGCUCGGCGCCUCUCUGGCGCAUGCACGGUUCUUGUUUUCCUCCCGAGGCGCGGGCCACGCCGCGGACGCGUGUGGCGAGGACGCGUCGCUGUCGCCUGCCUCAUUUCCUGCCUCGGACGGUUGCAAGAAGAGUGAAAAGAGUCCCAGCUAUUUGUCGACUUCGUGUUCGUCCUCGACGCGAACGUCCUCGCCGUUCUACGCCUCCGAGUAUCGCACCUGCUUCUCUCCAACAAAACGCGAAGUCUCUGCGCUCACCUCUCGCGCGCCUUUGCGGUUUUCGCCUUGCUCGUUUCCGGCUUCUUGGACGACGUGCGCGGCUUCCGCUUCUUCGCCUUCCGCCCUUCCGUCCACGUGGCUGAGGGCUGCGGGGCUGACUCCGGAAGCGCGCCGUAGUCACGAGGCCGUCGAGGACGGCGAAGAGGCGAAAGCAACGACGUGGCCAAGCGCGUCGCUGCUUUCGCCUCUUCGCGGCAGCGGGAAACAAAGACGCAGGGCGUCCUCUGUGCCGGCGCGAGCGCGUGGAGCAAACGCAGAUGAGCUACGAAGCGAAGACCUCGAAGACGAAACCAAAGACGAGGCACACUGCGUUCGCUUCUCACGCGACAACGCACCUGCCGUCUUUCCUCACUGGGUUUCCCACCCAGUCCCUUUCUUCUCUUCAUCUUUUUCUUUUUCAUCUUCCUCUUCUUCAUCUUACUCUUCUUCAUCUUACUCUUCUUCAUCUCCUCAUCUGCCUUCUCUCAUCUUCACGCGUGCUGACCAGGCAGAGGCGAGUGCUGACGGGAGUAGCGCUUCGGGGUUUGCGUCUGGGCCGGGUCUUCCGGCCUCAUUGUCUUCGCUGCUGUGUGUGGAGGGGACCGCCGUUCUCGCCUUCGACGCCCACCUCCUUCGUCCCGAAUGA